CAUCACACGUUAUUCCAUCGACGAUGGUUUAAUGGCACCGACUGUAUAUCGCCUUCUACUCUUUCAUUUACCUCCUGCUUCAUAUUCCACCACUUUCUUUAUGAGAUAAUUUGGGAUUGACUGUUCGUCUUCAUCGGCCCGUUUAGGUUUGGAAGAAAAAUCGUUAUCGCCCUUUACCGGAGCUAUGACGGUGUCCGCUUUCUCGACUCCGGCUCCAUCUGCUACGCUGAUUUCUCUUGCUUCACACUGAUUUCUCUUUCUCAGUUAACCAUCGUCCCUUCUCCACCAGUCAAUGAUGCUCCAAACAAAGCCUGAUCAGACAAUCCAAUUUGGGGGGAAAAAGUUCUUCCAUUUACUCAUUCAACCCCGUCAUCUCAAAUCUGGACUGGGUUCAUAUUUCUUGACACCCAUCCACUCUGUUUUCAUUUUCGUUAUUUCAGUUGAUAACCAGAAGAAGAAGUUGCCAGCGAAUCAACAUCAACUUGUCGUUUCUGUUUCAAUCUUCCAGGAUGAAAUCAAACAAAGAAGUGUGGUAAGUUGGAAAGAAGCAAAAUCUCAACUUAGAAACACGUUAGUCACAAGGUGUUUGGGCAGAAUAUAUUGUGAAGAGGCAAGAUGCUCAGUCACAGAACAGGGGUGUAACAAUUGAAGAUUUGCAAUUGAGUACAUAUUUGUACUUUAUCUCUCAAACACACACAAACCAUUUUAUGUGUCUUACAAUGGGAAGAAAGAUUACAAGUUUGGGUUUAGGUUCGUGUACGCAUUCAGUUUUAUUUAUUUAUUUUUUGUGAAAAUCUACCAACAUAUAGCAUUGCAUUUUUAGAAAUAUCAGGUUUAGCAUAUAGAGCAUUGUAAUUUGAUUCUUUGUAAAAUUACCAAACAUUUAACAUUACAUUUUUCUUAUACCAAUAUGGAAAAAAUUAGAGCCACU